UCACCUUCUUACUUCACCCAUAUGGGAGGUUACAAGUAUCAUAGAAUUUCCCACAAGUUCUGGUGGAAGCCAAUCAAUCAGUUUCAAAUUAAAUUUAAAUUAGUUAAUGAUUUUGGAUAAAAGAUCUUGUUGGGUUGAGUUAUUUGCGGAUCUCAUGAUCCAUAUCAAAAGCUAAUAAUUACUUCACCCCUAGUAUUAAGCAAUAAUUUGCUUAAUUAUAUCAUUUGACCAAUUCAAUUGUAACUCCUUGGGUCAAAUUUUAAAUAGUCGAGGAAGAGCGAGAUUAAUAAAAAAGAAUAUUCUUUUCGUAUCCUUAUUUUGGUUUGUGUUAAAAAAAAAAUAAAUAAGAACUGGUGAUGAAUGUGAAUUGGGAACAAUAAUUAAUAUAAUUAAUUAGAAGAAAAUAGAGGAAAAAGGUUUGAUUUAAUUUUAUUAUUAUGGUUAUGGAACGCACAUAUCAAUAUGCAUGGAUUAUACCUUUCGUUCCGCUUCUAGUUACUAUGUUAAUAGGAUUGGAACUCCUGCUUAAUCCGACAGCAACAAAAAAUAUUCGUCGUAUAUGGGCUUUUCCCGCUGUUUUAUUGUUAAGUAUAGUUAUGGUCUUUUCCACUAAGCUGGCGAUCCAGCAAAUCAAUGGUAGCUCAAUUUAUGAAUAUCUAUGGUCUUGGAGCAUCACUAGUGAUUUUUCCUUAGAAUUCGGCUACUUGAUUGAUCCACUUACUUCUAUUAUGUCGAUAUUAAUCACUACUGUUGGAAUCCUGGUUCUUAUCUAUAGUGAUAAUUAUAUGUCUCAUGACCGAGGAUAUUUGAGAUUUUUUGCUUAUAUGAGUUUUUUCAAUACAGCGAUGCUGGGAUUAGUUACUAGUCCCAAUUUGAUACAAAUCCAUAUUUUUUGGGAACUAGUGGGAAUGUGUUCCUAUCUGUUAAUAGGUUUUUGGUUUACCCGACCAAUUGCAGCAAAUGCCUGUCAAAAAGCGUUUGUGACCAAUCGUGUGGGGGAUUUUGGUUUAUUAUUAGGAAUCCUAGGUUUUUAUUUAAUAACAGGUAGUUUCGAAUUUCAGGAUUUAUUCGAAAUAUUCAAUGAUUCGAUCAUUAAUAACAAUGAGAUGAAUUCCUCAUUUGCUACGCUUUGUGCCUUCUUAUUAUUCCUCGGUGCAGUUGCUAAAUCUGCGCAAUUCCCACUUCAUGUAUGGUUACCUGAUGCUAUGGAGGGACCCACUCCUAUUUCGGCUCUGAUACAUGCGGCUACUAUGGUAGCCGCAGGAAUUUUUCUUGUAGCUCGGCUUCUUCCUCUUUUCAUAGCCAUACCUUACAUAAUGAAUAUCAUAUCUUUGAUAGGUGUAAUAACGGUACUAUUAGGAGCUACCUUAGCUCUUGCUCAAAGAGAUAUUAAGAGAAGUUUAGCUUAUUCCACGAUGUCUCAAUUGGGAUACAUUAUGUUAGCUUUGGGUAUAGGUUCUUAUCGAGCCGCUUUAUUCCAUUUGAUCACUCAUGCUUAUUCUAAAGCAUUAUUGUUUUUAGGGUCUGGAUCAAUCAUUCAUUCCAUGGAACCCAUUAUUGGGUAUUCUCCGACUAAGAGUCAGAACAUGGUUCUUAUGGGCGGUUUAACUAAAUAUAUGCCAAUUACAAAAACAACUUUUUUUUUAGGUACACUUUCUCUUUGUGGUAUUCCACCCCUCGCUUGUUUUUGGUCCAAAGACGAAAUUCUUAAUGAUAGUUGGUUGUAUUCACCGAUUUUUGCGAUAAUAGCUUUCUACACAGCAGGAUUAACUGCAUUUUAUAUGUUUCGUAUGUAUUUACUUACUUUCGAAGGGCAUUUACGUAGUCAUUUUCAAAAUUACAGCGGACACACAAAUAGUUCCUUCUAUUCAAUAUCCAUAUGGGGGCAAGAAGGUUCCAAACCUGUUAGCAGCAAUUUGCUUUUAACAACAAGGAAUAAUAAUGACAAGUCCUCCUUUUCCAAUUGCUCGUUUUCUAAUACAUAUAAAAUUGCCGGUUAUGUAAGAACCAUGCGAUCAUCUUUUAGUACUCAUUUUUUCAAAAAAGACUCUCAUACUUUACUAUAUCCGCAUGAAUCGGACAAUACCAUGUUAUUUCCCCUGCUUAUAUUGGCCAUAUUUACUUUGUUCGUUGGAUGCAUAGGAAUUAAUUUCGGGCACGAAGUAAUGGAGGUUGACAUAUUAUCAAAAUGGUUAACCCCAUCGAUGAAACUUUUCCAUCAGAAUUCAACUGAUGAAGAUUGGUAUAAAUUUUUGACGAAUGCAUUUUAUUCAGUUAGUAUAGCCUACUUCGGAAUAUUUAUAGCAUCUGUUCUAUAUGGGUCUGUCUAUUCAGAUCGACAAAAUUUGUACUUAAUCAAUUCAUUUGCUAAAAUAGAUUCUAAAAUGAGAAUUCGUUUAGAACAAAUAAUAAAUGUCAUAUACAACUGGUCAUACAAUCGCGGCUACAUAGACGUUUAUUACGAAAAAGUAUUCAUUAGGGGUGUACGAGGAUUAGCUCAACUAACUCAUUCUUUUGAUCGACGAGUCAUUGAUGGAGUUACUAAUGGGAUUGGCGUUGCAAGUUUCUUUCUAGGAGAAGGUAUUAAAUAUAUAGGGGGGGGUCGAAUUUCCUCUUAUCUAUUCUUAUAUUUAGCUUGUGUAUCAAUAGUCCUACUAAUUUACUAUUACUAUUUUUUCUAAAUAGUAUUUUUAUUAAAGCUAAAGUAUUUCUAUAGUAUAUAGAAAUAGAUCUUUCAUAACCCGAGUUCUUAGAAGUAAGAGAUAAGAGGGACCUAUAGAAAAUGUGGUUAGAAAUCCAUAAUAAAGUCCGACCAUAACGACCGAAUUCAAUAUAUUCAUCCAUAAUAAUAAUAGAUUACCGAGUAGACUAUAUUUCAAAAUCAUUCAUUAACCUCCCCUUUUUCUGUUGCAACUUAUCGAUUAUUAUAUGAUAAUUUCUUAACUUUCCAUAUAUAGAAAAUAGAAACAGAUAGACUAGAAAUGACAUCUCUUAUGCCAAUGAUACCAUCUUCUUCGAUUAAAUGACAUUCAAACAAAAUAAAGGGAACUGAAUGGAAUUGGGAUAUGGAUGGAAUAUAAUGAAAUAGAGCCCCUUUGAGGUUCCCUAUGAAAUGAGGCAUGGAACGGAGCCACUGCGAAGAAGUUCCGGGAGUUACGAAGGAAGCUU